UUAAAAAGAGCUAAAUGAGGAACAGCAAAUUCUCUCAAAUGCACUGCUGAAGACACUUUUUGUCGAAUGCUCUUCUGUUCAUUCAGGAAGCAUCUAAACAUUUAAACAUUUUUGCUUUAAGUUGUGGAAUCAACGUAACUUUUUUCAACUCAGCAGCCUGUGGAACUUGUUUUUACAUACACACCUGACUGUUGCGUCUGUCUCACCUAAAACACCAGGUGGAAAACCUCAAGCUCUGUCCCAUUAAGUCCUGAGUGACAGUGUCAGACCAGGUCCUUCUUAGUGGAGUCCAGUCCAAUCAGGUUUGGUCUCCUCUGGAGUUUGUCACCAUCCGCUCAGCCUUCUGUUCGGUGCCAGCUGAGUUCGUUCCAGUUUCUGUUGGGGGUUGGUCCAGCGUUUCAAGCUGGACGGAGGAGAGACGUGUGGGCCUGAGGGCCCGGCCUUCGUGCUGCGACACAGAACUUCAAAUCUUUUAGAACACACGUCAGAUAGCGCGCCUACAGAUCCCAUGAGUCCCCGGGAGAAGGAAGACACACCCACCUCAGGUUCUUCAACCAGUCACCUCAGCACCGCAGGGUGCCCCGCACACAAUGGGGGUGUCCCAGAGUGCGAUGACGAGAGAAGAAAAAAUGAAAAGGACGACAGAGGAAGAGAAGGAGAGGUCCAGGAGGUGGAAGAGGAUGAGAGGAGCAGUGAUGAAGGUUUCAUGGGAAUGACUCCGCUGCUGCAGGCUCACCAUGCCAUGGAGAGGAUGGAGGAAUUUGUACAUAAGAUGUGGGAGGGCCGGUGGCGUGUCAUACCUCACGACGUGCUCCCUGACUGGCUGAAGGACAACGACUACCUGCUCCACGGCCACAGGCCACCCAUGCCUUCUUUCCGCGCCUGCUUCAAGAGCAUCUUCAGAAUCCACACAGAGACAGGAAACAUCUGGACACACCUGCUAGGCUGUCUGUUUUUCCUCUGUCUGGGUCUGAUGUACAUGUUCAGGCCCAACAUGUCGUUCGUGGCGCCGGUCCAGGAGAAGGUGGUGAUUGGUAUUUUUUUCAUGGGAGCCAUCCUCUGCCUCUCCUUCUCCUGGCUCUUUCACACAGUCUACUGCCACUCCGAGGGCGUGUCCAGAAUCUUCUCCAAGUUGGACUACAGUGGGAUCGCCUUCCUGAUCAUGGGCUCAUUCGUGCCCUGGCUCUACUACUCCUUCUACUGUUCUCCUCAGCCCUGCUUCAUCUACUUGAUGGUGGUGUGUAUCCUGGGACUGUCUGCCAUCACCGUCUCCCAGUGUGACUUCUUCGCCACACCACAGUACAGAGGAGUCAGAGCAGGUACAGUGAGACAGCGAUGGGAUCAGUAUUUAUUUUCUUUUAAAGCUUUACAUCAGGCGUUCAGAUGUUUAGGUUUCAGUAUUCACCGCCUCUCUUCCUGUUCAGGUGUUUUUGUGGGUCUGGGUCUGAGCGGCGUUGUUCCCACCCUGCAUUUUGUCAUCAGCGAGGGUCUGAUCAAAGCGACCACCAUGGGUCAGAUGGGCUGGCUGUUGCUGAUGGCAACACUCUACAUCACUGGAGCCUGUUUGUACGCCGCUCGCAUCCCCGAGAGGUUCUUCCCCGGAAAGUGCGACAUCUGGUUCCACUCUCACCAGUUGUUCCACAUCUUGGUGGUUGCCGGGGCAUUCGUUCAUUUCCACGGAGUCUCCAACUUGCAGGAGUUUCGCUACACGGCGGGAGCGGGCUGCGCUGAGGACGGCACUCUUUAACACGCAUGCACACACACUGACUCACUCAUUCACUCACACACAUUUUACAGGGAGGCACUGGUUCUAAUAAUAUGCACAGAGUUACACACACAUGCUCUUUAAACAGGCACACACAUGCUCUCCACCCCAAACUGAAGGCCGAAGCAGCUUGUCCGGUGUGUGUCUGUGUGCGUAAUACACAGGAUGGCCUCCCAGGGGGCGCUAUUAAAACUGACUGACAAGGGUUUUUGUUCUCUUUCUGUCCCUCCGUCUGUCUGUCUAUCUGUCUGUCCAUCCCCACCUCCUGUGGCUCUUUUGCUCCUAUUAUGAAUCCAAUUUAAAGGCGACAUGUUUUUCUAAAGCAGUUUUCGAGACUCUUUCCGGGAAAAUAUCUCCGUUUGUUCGGGAGGCGCUCAAAACCUCCCUUCAAUAAUUCUUCAUUUUCUUCUGUGUUGAGUUCUGACUUUUUCAUGGUUUGAUUUGAAGAGGAAGCGUAAUUGUGGCUAUGAAAAAAAAAAGAAA